GGCGGGUGGGGCUUGUUGUGGCGGGCCCCGCGUAACUGCAUCUCUCUCAGCCUCGGGCUUGCUUGGAGCGCUGCCUUGGCAGAUCCACCCCCGCCUCCCCAACCGGGGCUCUAGCGAGCGACUUGCCAUCGAGGCUGCUUUUGGUGUCAAAAAAAUCACUUCAGUUCUGUGUAGCUUUUGCCAUCUGGCAAGGCGGUAGCCGCCACCGCCAUUUCUCGGAUGUGUGGCCAUGAUUAAGGGGGUGCAGCUGUUCCUGGGGUCAGGUUUUGUUUGACUUGCCUCCUUUCCUCCUCCUUUUUUUUUUUAGACUGGCAGGUUUGCUCGUUGGUCAUGAUGGCCCAGAGAGCCUUUCCGAAUCCAUUUGCAGACUAUGACAAAUCCUUGGCCACAGGAUACUUUGACUCCUCCGGGAGGCUGACUCCUGAGUUCACUCAGCACCUGAACAAUAAAAUCAGGGAGCUUCUCCAGCAGAUGGAAAGGGGCCUGAAAUCUGCGGACCCCAGAGACUGCACUGGCUAUACUGGCUGGGCAGGCAUUGCUUUGCUGUACUUACAUUUACAUGAGGUGUAUGGAGACCCAUCCUACCUUCAGAUGGCCCAGGAGUAUGUAAAGAAGAGCCUGAGUUGUCUGACCAAACGUUCCAUCACUUUCUUAUGUGGGGAUGCUGGGCCUUUAGCAGUGGCUGCUGUUGUGUACCACAGGCUGCACAGUGAAAAGCAAGCAGAAGAUUGCAUCACUCGCUUGUUACAUCUGCGAAAACUUGACCCACGAGUGCCCGAUGAGAUGCUAUAUGGACGUAUGGGGUACCUGUAUGCUCUGCUGUUUGUGAACAAACAUUUUGGAGAGGAAAAGAUCCCUCAAAACCAUAUUCAUCAGGUCUGUGAGGCAGUUCUGGCAUCUGGUGAGAACUUGGCCAAAAAGCGGAACUUCACAGCUAAAAGCCCCUUGAUGUAUGAAUGGUACCAGGAAUACUAUGUAGGAGCAGCCCAUGGCCUGGCAGGGAUUUAUUAUUAUCUUAUGCAGCCGGGCCUUGGUGUGAGUCAGGCAAAGCUGCAUCACGUCGUCAAGCCCAGUGUGGAUUAUGUCUGCCUGCUGAAGUUCCCAUCAGGCAAUUACCCCCCGUGCAUUGAAGACAACAGAGAUUUGCUUGUUCAUUGGUGCCAUGGUGCCCCUGGUGUUAUCUACAUGCUCCUCCAGGCAUAUAAGGUGUUUGGGGAGCAGAAGUACCUCAGCGAUGCCUUGCAGUGUGCUGAAGUGAUCUGGCAGUGGGGGUUGCUGAAGAAAGGUUAUGGGCUGUGUCAUGGUACAGCUGGCAACGCAUAUGCCUUCCUGACUCUCUAUAACCUCACUCAAGACAUGAAAUAUCUCUACAGAGCCUGCAAGUUUGCAGAAUGGUGUUUGAGUUAUGGGCAGCAUGGGUGCCGGACACCAGACACGCCAUUUUCUCUCUUUGAAGGAAUGGCUGGAACAAUAUAUUUCCUUGCUGACUUGCUAGUACCAACCAAGGCCAAAUUCCCAGCUUUCGAACUCUAAAUUCCAAACCAAGAGUUACUGACAUAAAGAUUGUUGCACUUCCCUUUCCUUUUGAAAAGGCAAAUUAAAUAAGCCAUCAUCACAAUUCUUGGUUAGCAAUGCCAGAUCUUUUGGGUCAUCAGUGUUUUCAACAUUGUUUUCAGUGUCUGGCCUACUUUUGAAAACUGUUAGCCUUUUUAAUUCUAAGCAUUGCUUGAAUUUACAAAAAAAAGAACUGGUUCUUAAAGCAAGUAAAGUUAUUAUUUUGUUAGAGCAUUUAAAAAACUUAUAGCAUAUUGUUAUACGUAACUGCUUUGAGGAUUUUGUUUGUUUGUUUUAACUACAACCACCUUGCCAGUUUUGCUGGUAGUGCUGCAAUUUCUUUAAUGUUAUUUGGAGGAUACCAUUAUGUGACAUCCACCUGUUUUGUCUUGCUUCUUUUUUGAUACCUGUGGGACAGUUCUUAAGAAUCUUGUAGAUAUGGCAAAAAUGCUUCCCUGUGUGAUGCCUUUCUUAGAGAUUGUAUAGCUACACCUAUGACGGGGACGUGCCAGAGUCCUGUCUUAAGCUCUCAUAUUCCUGCCUCUGAUACCAGGGUUCCAGUCACUGCUUCUUGCCCCAUCAUCACCAAUAAGCAGAAUGCUUCAACAAAUAUGCCCCUAAAUUUAUUAAUUAAUAAAUUAAUGCAUUUAAGUUCUUGGCAACCAUGUGGGACAUCCUGACCUGUCAUUGUGCUUUUAAAAAAAAAAUUGAAAGAUAUUACUGUGGCAUAGCAGUGUACAAUGGGAUGGUUUUAUAAACUGUAGUCCAUGACACAUUGCUUUACAGCAGACUGGUUUUAGCUUGACCCUGGCUGGAGAUUUUCAGAACAUGCUAGAGUGCCCUUUUUGCACAUCGUCAGGUGUGUGUGUGUGUGGGAAACCCUGAUAUGAUGUGGUGCUGAGCAAAUGGUAGACAAAGUGAAAAGAUAUUAGCAUCUGACUCCUGUGUUCUUUUCAAUUAAUUUUGGGGAGGCACUGUUUGCACUGUAGCUUUCUCAUCUCAUCCCAGCAUUAAUUAUUUUAGAUCUUCUAGUUAUCCUUGUAAUAGGAAACUUUUAAAAAGGACACCGUUCCCAGAAUUUGGGUAUAGGCAGCAAGAUCAAAUACAUGCUGUAUGAGGCACACACUAUGAAAAUGUUGCAAUCUCAGGAGUUUUAGGCAAUAUAUUUUAGCACUGAUUGUUUGAACAAUUAAUUUGAAGCUUUCGAAACACAGUGAGACUAAUCUGCCGGUCAUCGAGUGUCACAGAUGUCGCAGUUAAAGCUGCUUUGGACAAAUACCUUGUGUAUUCUUUCUGAAUAUAUAGUGGAUAAAUUAAAACAUCACUUUCAGGGGUGGAGAAUUCAGAGUAAGAGUAUGCUGUGUAAACUAACCCUGUCGUCUAAUUUGCUUCUCAAGUUUAACCAUGAAACGCCAUCAUUCCCAAAAUAUGGAAGGUGGGAUUUGUGCCUCAGACGCUGAUUGCCAGAAUAAGGGACAGGGUUCCUCUUUUAGCUCAAUAUAAGCCUUGAUGGUACUCCUACAGAUCAGUAGCUGUACCCAUGUGUACUUGUUGCAUUAGCAAUUAACCCUUUACAAAUGGGUUCUUUCUUUUGGGAGACAGUUUCUUUCAAUCUGUUCAGGGUGUGAGCAUGUUCUGCUGGCAUGUGGGUCUCUUCAGCUACUUUUAUCCAGGGAAGCUGACUGUGACUGCUUUUUGAUAAUCUAUGCAUUACUUCACCUCUAGAAGUCAGUAUUUUCUUGUAAAAUAAAUAAAUAAAACAAUCUCUGGCACCAAAUGUUUGGGUCCGCAGAUAUCCUAGUGUGUUUGAAAAAGCAAGUUGAAAAUAGUAUGUAGGCAUUGUUUUAAUAUUUCAGUUGUGCCCUUGCAUGACUCGUUCUGGUGGUGAGAGCCUGAAAAACAUCCUCUUGUUUGGAAUUAUGGCUACACACUACUUCAGUUCUCAAGGCAUUUAUAAGCUACUAUUAUAUAUCUUCUGCCUGGAAGCAUCUACAUGUAUUAUUUAUAACAGAUUUAAUGUAAUUCUAAUGAAAACCCCUUGCUCAAAUGUUUGCUGGAGUAACUUCAGAGAGAGGAAUGAUGUUUCCCCUCCAGCAGGUGGCAGUGGAGUUCAGUGGUUCUGGUGUUUCAUGGAAUACCUCUAGGAUGCUGAUCAGGGAUAAUAUAAAUCAAUAAAGUUACUAAAUCCCAGGA